UCCGGCUGGGCCCUGCCCGGGUGUUGUCACUCUGUGCCCUGCGAUGUCGGGCCGGAAGCCUGCCUCGGGCCGUGCCGCUGCCACCGGCCCAGCGCCUGCAGGGCAAGCGGUUUUGAGCAGAUUCUUCCAGUCUACGGGAAGCCUGAAAUCUACUUCGUCCCCCUCGGGUGCAGCCGAGAAGGCCGACCCUGACUCUGACUCCGCAGCGCCCCUAGCGCCCACUUUCCCGCCUCAGUUGCCGCCACGCGUGGUUGCAGAAAUUGACAGCAGUAAAAAGAGACCACUGGAGAGUGAUGGGCCUGUUCAAAAGAAAGCAAAGAAAGUCCAAGAAAAGGAAGGAAGAAGUGAUUCAAUGAUGUUUGGGAACACUGAGCCAAAGAAGUGUCUGAGGACCAAGAAUGUUUUAAAGUCUCUGGAAAAAUUGAAAGAAUUCCGCUGCGAUUCUGCCCCUCCUCAAAAUAGAGUCCGGACAGAGCCUCUUCAGGAGAGAUUUGCAAUUCUGCCAAAAUGUACUGAUUUUGAUGAUAUCAAUCAUCUACGUGCAAAGAAGGCAGUUUCUUGUGAAGAUUCCAAAUCUCAUAUUAGUCAAAAGGAUAAGACACUUUCUGAUCUCAAUCCUUUUGGAUCAUCACACAUGGAUAAUGACAAUUUACAAAAAACUUCUGAUCCUAAGCCAUCUAACAAACGGACCAAAAGCAUCUACACACCUUUAGAAUUACAAUACAUAGAAUUGAAGGAGCAGCAGAAAGAUGCAAUUUUGUGUGUGGAAUGUGGAUAUAAGUAUAGAUUCUUUGGGGAAGAUGCAGAGAUUGCAGCCCGGGAACUCAAUAUUUAUUGCCAUUUAGAUCACAACUUUAUGACAGCAAGCAUACCUACUCACAGGCUGUUUGUUCACGUACGCCGCCUUGUGGCAAAGGGAUAUAAGGUGGGAGUCGUGAAGCAGACAGAAACUGCAGCAUUAAAGGCUGUCGGGGACAAUAGAAGUUCAGUGUUUUCCCGGAAAUUGACUGCUCUUUAUACGAAAUCUACACUUAUUGGAGAAGAUGUGAACCCUUUAGUCAAGCUGGAUGAUGCUGUAAAUGUCGAUGACAUAAUGACUGAUACUUCUACCAGCUUUCUUCUGUGUAUCUGUGAAAAUAAGGAAAAUGUUAAGGACAAAAAAAAGGGGAACAUUUUCUUUGGAAUCGUGGGAGUACAGCCUGCCACAGGUGAGGUGGUGGUUGAUAGUUUCCAGGACUCUGCUUCCCGUUCGGAGCUAGAAACUCGGAUACUGCGCCUGCAGCCGGUGGAGCUGCUGCUUCCCUCCCACUUGUCGGAGCAAACGGAGACGCUGGUCCACAGAGCCACCGCUGCUCGUGUGCGGGAUGACAGAAUUCGAGUAGAAAGGAUGGAUGACAUGUAUUUUGAAUACAGCCAUGCUUUCCAGGCAGUUAUGGAGUUUUAUGCAAAAGAUGCACUUGACAUCCAAGCUUCUCAAAGUUUUUCUGGCAUCAUUAACUUGGAGAAGGCUGUGAUUUGCUCUUUGGCUGCCAUAAUAAGAUACCUCAAAGAAUUUAACUUGGAAAAGGUGCUUUCCAAGCCCAAGAAUUUCAGACAGUUGUCUGGUGAAAUGGAAUUUAUGACAAUUAAUGGAACAACAUUAAGGAAUCUUGAAAUCCUACAGAAUCAGACUGACAUGAAAACCAAAGGAAGUUUACUUUGGGUCUUAGACCAUACUAAAACCUCAUUUGGGAGACGAAAAUUGAAGAAGUGGGUGACCCAGCCACUCCUUAAACUAAGGGAGAUAAAUGCUCGACUAGAUGCUGUAUCUGAAGUACUCCAUUCAGAAUCCAGUGUGUUUAGUCAGAUAGAAAAUCAUCUGCGUAAACUGCCUGAUAUAGAGAGAGGACUCUGUAGCAUUUAUCACAAAAAAUGUUCUACGCAAGAGUUCUUCUUGAUUGUCAAAACCCUGUAUCACCUGAAGUCAGAAUUUCAAGCAUUAAUACCUGCUGUUAAUUCCCACAUUCGGUCAGACUUGCUCCAGACAUUUAUUUUAGAAAUUCCUGAACUCCUCAGUCCAGUGGAACCUUACUUAAGGAUACUUAAUGAACAAGCUGCCAAAACUGGGAAUAAAACUGAAUUAUUCAAAGACCUUACUGGCUUCCCUUUAAUAAAAAAGAGGAAGGAUGAAAUUCAAGAAGCUACUGACAAGAUCCAAAUACAUUUACAAGAAAUACGAAAAAUACUAAAAAAUCCUUCUGUACAAUAUGUAACAGUGUCAGGACAGGAGUUUAUGAUUGAAGUAAAGAAUUCUGCUGUAUCUUGUAUACCAACUGAUUGGGUUAAGGUUGGAAGCACAAAAGCUGUGAGCCGUUUUCACUCUCCUUUUAUUGUAGAAAAUUACAGACAUCUGAAUCAGCUCCGGGAGCAGCUAGUCCUUGACUGCAGUGCUGAAUGGCUUGAUUUUCUAGAGAAUUUCAGUGAACAUUAUCACUCCUUGUGUAAAGCAGUACAUCACCUAGCAACUGUUGACUGCAUUUUCUCCCUAGCCAAGGUCGCUAAGCAAGGAGAUUACUGCAGACCAACUCUACAAGAGGGAAGGAAAAUCUUGAUUAAAAAUGGCCGACACCCUGUGAUUGACAUGUUGCUUGGAGCACAGGAUCAGUAUGUUCCCAACAGUACAAAUUUAUCAGGGGAUUCAGAGAGAGUAAUGAUAAUCACUGGACCAAACAUGGGUGGAAAGAGCUCCUACAUAAAACAAGUUGCAUUGAUUACUAUCAUGGCUCAGAUGGGCUCCUACAUUCCUGCGGAGGAAGCAACAAUUGGAAUCGUGGAUGGCAUUUUCACGAGGAUGGGUGCUGCAGAUAAUAUAUAUAAAGGACAGAGUACCUUUAUGGAAGAGCUGACUGACACAGCAGAAAUAAUAAGACAAGCAACAUCCCAGUCCUUGGUUAUCUUGGAUGAAUUGGGAAGAGGGACAAGCACCCAUGAUGGAAUCGCCAUUGCUUAUGCUACACUCGAGCAUUUUAUUAGAGAUGUGAAAUCCUUAACCCUGUUUGUCACCCAUUAUCCACCAGUUUGUGAAUUAGAAAAAAGUUACUUACAACAGGUGGGAAACUAUCACAUGGGAUUCUUGGUCAGUGAGGAUGAAAGCAAAGAGGAUCCAGGUGAAGAACAAGUCCCUGAUUUUGUCACUUUUCUUUAUCAAAUAACCAGAGGAAUUGCAGCAAGGAGUUAUGGACUAAAUGUGGCUAAACUAGCAGAUGUUCCUGGAGAAAUUUUAAAGAAAGCAGCUAGCAAGUCAAAAGAGUUAGAAGGAUUAGUAAAUACGAAGAGGAAAAGGCUAAAGUGUUUUGCAAAGUUAUGGACGAUAAAUGACGCAAAAGACCUACAGAAAUGGAAAGACGAGUUUGAAAUGGAAGAAAUUCCAGGCUUCUCUUCUUGAUUAAAAUGAAGACUACAUUUUUGGACAAAACAUGGAGAAUUAAAAAUACCAUCUGUACCAAACAUCUCUCCAGUAACAUCC